AGUAGACAGCAAAUCAUUGCAUUGGAGAAAGUGAAUGCAUGGUUCUCUAAGUAGAUUUUUUAUCCUUGACAUGACUCCGUUUUUGCGAAAGCUGGAUCGCUUUUUUUAGCGUUUCUGUGCCGGAAAAUCAUCCUUUAGUAUCUCCUUCACGACUACAGAAUUUAAUACAGUCGACACUUUUAUUUUUUGACCACCACACGCACACGCGCAGGCUACCACGCUGCACUAGGGACCAUACUGUUACGGACUUUUUGGCACGUUUACAACACACAUUGAUCAUUCCAUUUGUGCUGGAACAGUUAGCUCGCGCGUCUUGACAGCGAAAGCAGCCUUAAUAUCGGCGGAAAGCUCAUACAUUCCUAUUUUUUAUACAUCGGAAGAAAGGCGGAGCAAAAAAACCAUGUUUCGUUCUCUUCUCCCCAUUCUGCUCGUCUCCACUUCUCACCUCUCCCCGGUCUCAGCCAAGAAGAAAUGUCCCGGGCACUUUGGCGGGAAAACCAACGUGGCGAAUCUGUGCGAGUCGCACUUUCCGGACAAGGCUUCUGAGAAAAUAUGGUUCAUCAAGUUUUACGCCCCCUGGUGCGGGCACUGCAACAGCAUGAAACAGGCUAUCCUUGAGAAAAAAGCUAGCCCCUCACCACGUAAUGCAGAUGCAGAAAUAUUAUAUGCAUCACAGAAGAAAAUGUCUCUUCGAUUUGCUAUUUUUUUACAUUAUUGUUGCAUUACGACCUUUAUUGAUGUGCUAUGCUAGCAAUUUUCUGCGUGAUACAGCCCUGGAUGGAUUUGGGCAAGGAGUUGAAAGACGACAAGGAAAUCGGAAUCGGCGCCGUUGACUGCAUAUGCACUGCAAGUGUUUCUGGGUCGGGAUAAUGUGAUGCUCGUUUUGUAAGUCAACAAGAUAUGCCGUAAUGCAUGUAUGCGUAGGAUAGGAGUGGCGAGUCUUUCCUUUUUCGUGGCGCACUGCAGGCCAGGUUGUCAGACUCUUGAAAGUACUAGAUACAGAUGAUGUAGAACGACAUUAAUAGUCUUGGUAUGCAGCUGUCCCUCUCACGUCGCAGAACUAUCGAAGAGACCGCCAUUUUUCUAGUUGCACGCAAGAAUCAGCAAGACAAAGCACCCGUUUUGAGACCCCGUCGACAUGUUUGUACUUGAUACUGCGACAACGAGGGCAACAAACCUCUGUGCGGCAAGUACGGCGUGCAGGGCUUUCCGACGAUCAAGGCAAUAGUGGCAGGAAAGACGAAGGCGUACAAUGGCGCCCGGGAAAAGCCGGCGUUCAAGCAGUACAUCCUGGAUUUGAAAGCAAAACGAGGCAGCAAGGGCGGGAGUGCGAAGUGCGCGAAGGGCAUCUUCAAGUCCACGCUGAAGGAUUCCGUCUUGCCCCUGUGCGCAAAACACUUCCCGGACGAAAAAUCAAAGUUCUCCUGGGUCACUGUCCUGUACGAAAAGGAAAAACUCGAGAAAAGCGACGUAUUAUUCGAAAAGUUUUGGAAGAUUUUUUGUAGAAGUCGAACAGUGAAUGUGAAUGUGAAAUGCAAAACUAACUCAACUCGAAGUUGUAGUAGGCGCAAGUAUAAUAGUAGAAGCGGUGCCUGUUCCAGGAUGCUCAAGUACAUAACAAGUUGUAAAUCGUUGGACUUGUGAAUUUCACUCUUCAGGAAUUCAAUCGGCUUGCGUUGGAGUUUGGCAAUGAGCCCGCGGAUAAAAACAAGUCUUUGAAGAGCAACAAGAAGCAAUCGGAGCGGUUAUCCGAGAUCAAGGAGAAGUAUUCAGUCAAGGCCGACGACGGAAAAAGAAAGGCGGGGAAAAGUACAACUACACUUGUUGUUAUUCUUUUUCUACUCCCAGGUAGGUGGUAGUGUACGGCAAGCAUCUUGUUCGGAGGACAGGCAGCAUGCGGCCUGCAUCUUGCCUGAGAGCAACAGAAGAUUUGCCUGCACGACUCGCUUCACUAGAAAAAGAAGCCGGUACUAUGAAAAUUGAAGGAGCUCCAGAAUGUUGACAGUCGACUCGUCUAAUUAAAAAAUCUAUCAUCUUCAAAAAAUCAGGCAAAGACGCGCUCGCAAAAUUCGGUGCGGUGUGCUGCGACUGCGAGAAGGAGAAAGACGCGAAGUGCGAGGGGCUGGAGAGCAAGGACCUGCCGAAGUUUUCGGUUUAUAACCACGUUUCGAAAAAAACGUUUGUCUUCGACCAGAAGUACGACGUGGAUCAGCUCACCGGGUUCACACUGGAAAAGCUGCAGUUUGUAGCGGAAGGGGGAGUAUCAAAUGUAAAAAUGUCUGGGUCUGGAAGAAUGCAACUCGUCAUGCUAAAUCUGAAGCAUGCAAAAAUCUGUGUUGCAUGAUUACCAAAAGUCGUCCAGUUUUGACCAAGUCGGGAGGGAGUUUCUCAUGCAGCAUAGGCAUAAGAGAGAUCGCACAGAAUCUGUCAUGCUAGGUCCUGCAUUCCAGACCUCAUGGGUCAUGGAAAAGCUGCAUGACAAGAAGUCGCGCACUCUUCCAGACCCAGACACUUUUACACUUGAUAGGGAGCUGCCGCUGCGGCGACAGGGAGUGCGGGGGCGAAGAAGAAGAAGGAAGAGCUUUAGGUAUGAGUGUGAAUCCCUUCCCCACGACCCCUUUGAAUCAAUUCCCCAAGCACCACCACCCGACCCGGAUCACUACCCCACAUCCCCCGCGCCGGCUGGCCUCGAAGAUUCCCUUCUCUUCGCGAUGCGUCUCCCGUCCGAGCUCCGUCCCUUCCCGCCACCCCGUGGGCCUUAGCUUCUUCCUGGCCCUUAUCCUUUGCGCUCUUUGCCAUCCAUAUUGCUGUUAUGCCCCCGUCGUGUUUCCGUGCCGUAUCUCCUUGCGGUAUUGCGUGCCCCGUCGACUAUAAGAUAACGGAUCAGUCACGCAGCCUGAAGACUCAAGCACGUUGCAGCAGAUACCUGCAUCUGCAUGACUCCGAAGUAGAUCGCACAGCAGCAAGGCUGCAAUCCUCCAGGCGCAGUCGCGUUGUGGUCGACACUCAUCAAGACCUUCGUCGACCAGGAGUGCGACGUGGUGAAGUGCAGCGCAGUGGGGAAGUGCUGGACGACGGGGAUGUGCGGUGGUGGAGAGGUGAGGUUUGACUUCUCCACCUGCCUACCACUGGGGUAGUACCUCCCCAGGGUGGGGCGGUGGGGAGCUGAUGCGUGCGGAGGUGAUUCACACCAUAGCCAGAGCUUUAGGCGGGGACCUUGCUUUGGAGAUCGGAGUUUUCACUUGUUGUAAAUGUUAACUUUGUUGUAUCAUGUCUCCUGAGCCGAGUACGGCUUGAUAACAAUGACGACAAUAGACGACCAAAACGCAGGAUGUAGAAUUUGAAUCGAACUGAAACCUAUGUUCACGUACAUGGGUCUGCAUAUUCUACAUUUGCGGUCUAUGGUUUUAUCACCACCAGAAACCUGUUCUGUUGAUUUCAAUGGCAGUGACGAAUGAAUUUUACUAAACGGCUUAACAAAAACGCG